GGCUCCCUGCUGCUCUCCAUGGACGGUGUUUUCCUGUCUCCCAGCGAGGAUGAGUUCGUGGGCAGGAUCGUGGAGGAGCUGGAGCAGUUCCUGCUGCAGGGGCAGCACCAGCGGGUGCUCCUGUUCCCGCCCCUGCCCAGCCGCCUCAGGUACCUGAUCCAUCGCACCGUGGAAAACAUGGAAUUGUUGAGCAGCUUCUCGGUGGGAGAGGGCUGGAGGAGGAGGACAGUCAUUUGUCACUCGGCCGUCAGGCUUCCCACCGAGACCACGAGCGACCAAAAACCGGGGGCCAACCCUCGGCCGCAGCGGCCGGCACAGCCCUGGGGCCGGGGGGGGCGGGGGGCCCGGCCACGCCACCCCGGGGACACCCACGGUGACAAUUCCCGCGCUGCCGUGGGCUCGGGCAGGAUCACCAGGCCGCCCAGGAGGAAGCCAGACAAAGCCCUGUACGUGCCCAAAGGGAUCCGGAAAAAGGCGAAUUGGAGGGAGCGGGAGAGCCCCGGGGCGGAGCAGGAUGGGGACGCCGCUCCAGGAGGUGAAAACUGCCCCAAAAAUUCUGUCGGGGUCGCCCAGCAGGAGGUGGGCAAGGAUGGAGGCAGCCCUGGGAAGCAGCAGGAGCCUGAGGAGGAGAAUGUUCCAGAAAAAGGUGGCACCGAGCUUCCUCUGUGUGAGGAAGAGGAGGCAUCCCUAGGGAAUAGCAAGGAUUCCUGUGAGCAGGAAUGUCGGGAUAAAGACUGUUCCCAUUCCCUGUCUUCUGGACACAACAAACACCCACCCGAGGAGCGAGAGUCGGGCCCUGCCAACGCAGCCAUUCCAGAAGGCAGCCAAUUCCAAGAGGAAAACCCUCAGAGCUGCGAUUCCGGAGGGUCGGAGCAUGGGAAAGGCUCCUUCCCUUUGGAAAACCACGGUGGCAGCCAGACAGAGCUGGCUGUGGUAGAGUCCCCGGUGCUGGAAAUCCAGAGCCUGGAGAGCAGCAGGAACAAAUCCCCUCCUGGAGACCGGGAUUCCAGGAACACCAAGGAGGGAGGCUGGAGCUUUUCCAUGCUGGAGAGCCCCGGCACUGCCCAGGGGGAGCAGAAACCUCUCCAGAAUGUUCCAGAACUUCCAGCGUUCCAGAAGGUUGUGGGAGGCCCAGGUGAGGCCCUGGCUGCUCCUGAGCCGCUCCGUGGUGGCGAUGCCGGCGCUCUGGUGCAGAUCCAAGGCAGGAUGGAGGAGGAGCAGGAGGACAAGGAGCGCUCAGAUGUGGCCGAGGCACUGUGGAAGGGCCUGGAUUUGGCUGCAGGGAACAGAGAGGGGACGAGGCAGAGCGGCCUCGAGGACGACUGCACAGCAGAGCUCCUGGCAGAGAUUGUUGGGAAUUUGACAGUGAAGGACAUCAACAUUGAGAGGAUCAGCGUGGAUUAUUGCGGCUACGGAGAGGCCCAGAUCUGUGAGGGGGACUUGGGCCACGUCACUGAGAUCUACGACUUCCCCUCAUCCCUGAGAACCGAGGAUCUGAUGGGAAUAUUCUCUGAUUUCCACGAGAGCGGCUUCAAAAUCCAGUGGGUGGAUGAUACCCACGCCCUGGGAAUCUUUUCCAGCCUCUCCACAGCAUCCCAAGCCCUGGGCCGCCGUUAUCCCUGCCUGAAGAUCCGGCCCCUGAUCCACGCCACCAAACAAUCCAAGAUCAAGGCCCUGCAGAGACCAAAACUUCUCCAUCUGGGAAAAGAGAGGCCGCAGACGGACACGGCCGUGGCCAGGAGACUCGUGUCCCACGCCCUGGGCUGGAAGCAGAGGCAGCAGGAAGCCACAGGGACUGAAGUUUUCCAACCAGAAGCUUUGGAUCAGGAGGAAUAAUCCCCAAAAAAACCCCAAAAAAGGCUGUAAAGAUAAGCAUGGCUGUGCUAUUAAAUGCAUGCAGAACAGGCAGUGCCACGGGGCUCUUCCUUUAUGGAUCGGCACCGCCUUGGAAAAGUUGGGAAUGGGAAAGGUUUCUUGUUCAGGAAUGAGGUGGUUUAUUUAUUCCUUAUUCCUGCUCUGUUUUCAAAAAAAAAAACCCAAAAAACAAAACAAAAAAACCCCAAAACAAAAAAAAAACAACAAAACAAAGGCAUUAAGAGUAAGAAAAUUAAAAUAUUUUUGGCCAAAAUUCAACUCUAAGCAAGGGCAGGAGUUCAAAAAUCUGUUCCACAUUUGUUGUAGCGUUGCUGUUCGGAUAUCCCAGAGAAUUGACAGGCAGUGAAUCCAAGUUUUAGGGAAUUUUUUCCUGAUUUACAGAGUUUCAAGAGCCUGAACUUCCCCAUUGUUGAGGAAAGUUUGGAUCUGCUCAUUUGGGGGAAGAAAAAACUCCAGAAUUUGUCUGUGCUGGUGUGCCCAGAGCUGGGUUUAAAAUGAACUUCCAACCCCAUCCAGGCUCUGCUUGCGCUCCAGUCUGGAAUUCUGAGGGAAAAAUGGAAUUUUCUGGUGGCCAGGAGGUUAAAACCCUUUGCCAGCUGCUGUCUGCACCACAGAGAAAUGGCAAAAACUCCACAAAUAUUUCUGCAUUUUUAAGCCUCACAACAAUCCCUGUGAGGUGGGGUUUUGGGGAAGUUUGCAGCCUGUUGGAAUCCCCUGUGGAAUCAGCUGGAAUUCCAGAUGACUUUGGUUGGAGAAAAGGGGGAAAAUCCCCAAACUUCCAGGAAUUGUGAAGAGAAAUACACCAAGGGCUUCUGAA